AUGUCAAGUAUAAGACACAACCUACUAUACCUGUUUGUGCUCGCGUGCAUACAGAUAAUAGGCAUAGGUUUGUUUGCCAAGGGGUUUUUUCCCUAUAAAAUAUACCUGUCAGGAUUUGCCACACAACAAGAUGUUCCUUUGUCAUUAGCAGACGAUUUGCAUAAACACUAUUGGCAGGAAUCUGUAUUUGAUAGACUUGCAUUUAUUGUCAUUGACGCACUUCGAAACACACUUACUUCAUGCUUACUUUUUAUUUUCUUUUAUCAAAUAGAAUACGGAACAGCAAUACCAUUCACAGCAAAGGCAACAGCACCCACUGUCACUAUGCCACGUAUCAAGGCACUAACGACAGGAACUAUUCCGAGCUUCCUAGACGCUAUACUUAAUAUUGCCGAAUCAGAUACAAGUUCCUCCCUUGAUUUUCAUGAUAACUGGGUUCAUCAAUUGAAGAAAGCCAACAAGACGAUGUAUUUUUUUGGUGAUGACACAUGGAUCAGACUAUUUCCUGGUCUCUUUGAUAAAACAGAUGGAACCACGUCAUUUUAUGUAUCCGACACUGUACAAGUAGAUUUAAAUGUCUCUAGGCAUAUUCAACAAGAUAUAGCCAAGGAAAGAUGGGACGUACUUAUCAUGCAUUACCUGGGUUUAGAUCAUAUUGGUCAUUUGGGUGGACCCAACAGCCCCUUGAUGCAGCCAAAGCAAAGAGAAAUGGACGAGGCUAUUGAAUCUAUCUUUGAUAUUGUAUCGAAGCAAGAUGCUGAAAGGCUUGUUAGUGAUCCCAAGGCGAAAGGCACACUGAUUGUCAUAUGCGGCGAUCAUGGAAUGAAUGAUAAUGGGAAUCAUGGGGGAUCUUCUACUGGAGAAACAUCUACAGCUCUUGUUUUUCUAAGUCCACAGUUUCAAUCACGUCCACAUUUCAAACAAGCAAAGAGUACAAAAAGAUCAACGGUGUUUGGGUAUCCGGUUAUAGAUCAGAUCGACUUAGUACCAACACUUGCAUCCUUAUUCUCAUUCCCUAUUCCAAGAAAUAAUCUUGGUAGAGUCAUAACUGACUUGCUUAAGGAAGAAGAUAGUAAGUGCAAGACUUUACAGCUAAAUGCAUUUCAGUUGGCGCAACUUUUGGAAAAAAUGAUUCCAACAGUUCAAAAGUAUAUCCGCGAGCCCCAUUUAUACCUCGAUGAUAAUGCUAGCUUACACGGUAAACUGUAUGCUCGAGCCACUGUGCUUUUCGAACAGUAUCUAUCAACUCAAGUACAACAGACGGCUCAUGAUGCGAUUACUAGUAAUAACCUCCUUCUCAAGUUUAUAGAUUUAACACAAUCAGAACUUGCAAAUAUUGCAAGUGACUAUAAGCUAAGCUAUAUGAUACUAGGUACAAUGCUGAUUAUAUCUAGCGCAAUCUUAUUUUGUGUCUGGCAUUACCAAGCGAGAUACAAGACAGAUCAGGUCUGGAAACUCAACUGGUAUUUCUCGAUUGUUUUUUUGGGAGCUUACUCAAUUAGUAUGUUUGCAAGCAGCUAUGUUGAAGAAGAGCAUGUAACUUGGUUUUAUUUCCUUCAAACGUUUAUUCUGUUAGGUGUAGUACAAAGACCAAGUACAACUCGGUCGAUUGAUAUACAACUAUGGUGCGACUGCCUUAUUUGUUCUGUUAGAUUAGUAGAAUUACUAUUGCACACAGCAACACCUCUCCUUAUUCUGCUUAGCGGAACACACAAUGCCGCGCUAUUCCUUGUGUUCUAUCUACACUAUCACAUCUUUAAACUGUGGCAGCAAUAUCUAAUAGAGAUAAACCGAUUAUCAGUAUCGACAUUGGCCAUUAUGAUGACUUGUCUAUGUCACGCAUCCUUUUUUAUGACGGGCCAUUCUAAUUCAUUAGCCUCUGUGGAUUUGAGCAAUGCCUAUGUUGGUGUUCAAGGAUACGACACGCUCCUGAUAGGAGCACUUACCUUUAUCUCCAACUGGUCUGCAAGUGUAUGGUGGGUAUUUGCCUCUUGGUCGCUUAUUGCCGAUUCAUGUGCAACGAUAGACAUUCCAAAAAGAUGGGUCAUGUUUAUCAUCACACAGUCUGUCUUUUUUAGUGUGGCACUGUCCUUUUUAUCAAUUUCGGUGACAAUUCUGAGGGAGCAUUUAUUUAUCUGGACUGUCUUUUCUCCAAAAUAUUUAUAUCAGGUUGCAUGGAAUUGCCUAUUUCAUUGGACAGUUCAAGCUUUUAUUGGUUCUCUCUUUUUGGUGUUUAUCUGUAACAACACUAUUGACUGA